ACCCCAAGCCUGGUGAUUCCACUUCUUGUUCUUCUUCCUCUUCUUUUCUGUCUAUCGUGUUUUUUUUCUUUUUAUUUAUUUUCUGCAGGCUAUUUGACCGCCUGUUCCUGCGGAUCAUCGCCAAGUCAUUGUUUAGUCCCCUCCCCUCCAUUUCCUUCCUCUUGACAUCGCUCCUUGGUGUGUUGAUUUCUUGCGACAUUCCUGAGCAUAUCCCCUCCAGCACAGCAGUCGAGGAACCUAGGAUAUGCUGUAAACUGUGCAGCCCAUAGUCUGGACGCUGGCUGCAGUCUCCCAACACCAUACUAAACAGAAUCUCUCGAUCGCAGGUAUCGAUGCCGUCUCCUGCAACACCACAUCGUCCCUCCAACCGCGGGGGAGGAGGGGCUGCUGCCAAAUCCUCCCCGUCCCCGACCAAGCUGAAACCGCUGGAUAUCGGUGAGCCGCUGGGGGUCCAUGACACCAAUUCCGUCCGCUCCAAGAUUCGCAAGUGGCAACAGCAAGGGGGUGGGGUAAUCACGGCCGACGAGGUGGUCUACUACGAAGAUGACGAGAACUCCGCGGUGGAGUCCAGUUCUAAACCGGGAAAUGAUACCAAGACGCAUAAACGAAGCAAGAGUGCCCCGCGAAAACGACUCGUGAGCGACGAGCACUGGAAGCUGAAUCGCAGUUCGAUCUCCUCCAUCAACACCGGCGCCACCCCCAAGUUAGCGCCUCCCAAGCGCAUCUCCGAGUACACGACCAACGAUGGGAUGCAGACCUCGCCGCGAGGACGGAAAAAUCACGACAAGACGGUGGAUACCGCUCGUGAUCUGCGGUCGCGCAGCAGGGAGAGAACAAGGGAGAGAGCGAGCACGGUCUCCGAGUCAGUAGCCCGCGAGCGGCGGAAAUCGCGAGCACCGCGAGACGUGGAGGCGCGGCUGGACAGCAAGGCUCUGAAGGAGGGGGCGUUUUCUCACAAUGGGUCCUCGCGGUCAGGCUCGCGCCCGCGCACGGCUGACCGGCCGCACACGGGCGCCAAGUCAGAACCCUCCGAGAGCGCCGGGAAGAAGGACGCUGGCAUGGAAUACGACUCGGAAUGGGCGGCCAGUGACGCCGAUUUUUCGGAACUAUCCAAGCGACGGGCAAGGGGCGCGCCUCCGGCGCCGAAGGGCCGCGAAAGUCGCGAGGCUCCGAAACCCCCGAAGAAUGGCAUAUUUGGGCACAUGCUGGAUGAAUCGAGGAAGAUGUUUGGACGGCCGGAAUCCGCCCCAAAACCGGAACCGCCGAAGCCUACCCCGACCCGGGGCACCAAGAUCGAGGCGUGGCUCUCGGACACCCCGGAUCCCUUCAUGGACAACGAGAUGGAACCGGGGGUGGAGAUUCCUGCGCCGUUGAACACCAGGACCAGACCCAAGCAGCCUCUCAAACAGGAGGAAGACCGUGACCGGGUUUCCGACCGGCCGCCCCAAGCCCAUCAUCGGCGGAGGAGCACGCGAAAACGACGAGUACGAAGUAGGGGUGAGUCGUUACUGGAUGAGCCGGCGAAGUCGAUCGAGGACACUGCUUCAGCUGCCAGCGGGAAGCGAUCAGGCGACUACAGACACAGUCGGGCAUCUUCCAUUGUAGAAGAGCUCACUCGAGUGGAUGAUAACAAGGAGGAACUUUCGGAGAUAGGAACUCUAUCGGAAGGCUCGGAGGUAUCUGGAAACAAUGCGCCCGUUCCUCUCUGCCGCAAAAAGCCCUUUCCGGCCACAGGACCGCACCGACUGUCGACAAUCGUUUCGGUGGAGUCAAUAAGCACUGGUACUACUGGGAAGUCGCGAGAACCGCCACCCGGGGUUGUGCCAAAUAGACGAACCUCGAAUUCGACUCAGAAGGAGGACGACGAAGAAGAAAGGGACAGAUUUGAUCCAGAUUCACUCCCGUCGAUCAUCUCUCAGCUGCAAAGACGUCUCACCACCCACGAUGACUUGAUAUCGGUUCUUUCCGCUCCCACUGGUAGGAGUGGGAGCAUCCGAUCUGCCCGGAGCAUCCGAACCAACAAAAGUCGCAUUGCCAAUGCGACGGUACCCGAUAUCUUGAAGGAGCUUUCGGCGGACGAGACGAAAUAUAUGCGCGAGCUCAAGACAUUAGUCGGGGGUGUCAUUCCCGUGCUUCUGACAUCGGUUCUUUCAAAAUCCGACUCGGCUAUCGCCGCUGGUCUCUUCCGCCCUUCCAUCGACCCGCAGGAUGAAGCGAACUUUAGCCAACCGAUCGUUGAUAUGGGGGUUGCCAUUGAGCGCUUAAAAUCACUGCAUAAGCGAGUACCCAGGGAGGAUGCGGAGGCAUUGCUGAAUUGGGCGACCGGAGCGCAGCGAGUCUACAAGGUAUACCUCAAGGCUUGGAGGUUGGGUUUCAAGGAUGUCAUUGUGAACUUGGCUCCGCUGGAAGAAGAAGAGGCCUCAAACGAUGCAGAGACCAAGAGCCUCGAUGAAGGAAUGGCAAGAGAUGAGAACGGAGACGUGGUCGACAGCAACGGGGAGAAGGUCGACGUCGCAUAUCUGCUGAAACGGCCUCUCGUUCGCCUCAAAUACCUGGCAAAGACAUUCAAAGGAAUCAACAUCCUUCAGCCGUCCGCAAAGGCAGAGGAAACGGCAAUGGUAUUCCAGGAGCUCGUCACAGAAGCGCGGCGCCGCGCACGGGAAGAGCGCGCAAGGCUCGAGGAUGAAUCUGCUGCGCACGUCGACCCAACUCGCGCUCGCGACCCUGCCACACUAGGGCCGUUGGCUGGUGUGAACGUUAGAAAGGACCGACGCGUCAGGGCUAGAGACUUCUUCAAUCUCUCCGUAUACCACUCCUCUGGCCAGGUCAUAGAUUGUCGAGCGGAGCUGCUAUUGAGAGACAAUGGCGCUGGCAACGCCCUGGGAGGUGACCUGCUUGUCUGUGAGAUCGAUCACGCGGAUCGAUGGCUCCUCUUUCCUCCCAUAGAGCUCGCAUAUGUGUCUGCCCGCAACGGCGAUGUGAAAGGGGAGAUUGUGGUCAUGUUGCGUAGUGAUCCUGGACAGCAGACACCAUGGCAGGAGAUUCUCUUGCUUCGCAUUGAGGAGGAUGAGGUUGGGUUUGAAUGGGUUCAGAUGCUGGGGAUGGAACCUAAGCCGCCUACUGUCUCGCGAAGCCAGAGCUUCAUUGAGCGGGCGAAACAUAGACAACGGGCGCAGACUCUAACCAACACCGACAGUGUCCCCGUCCCCAAGAUGCCCCCGAGCCCUACCAGCGCAGACGUCCCGAUCGGGGAGAGGGCGACGUCCCGUACCUUACGCCGUUCUUCGCCAAGAGAGCAGUUAUCUGAUCCGAGCACUAUUGAGUCUUCCUUGGCCACAGAAUCGCGACUGUCUUUGAACACCGCCAUUACUCGGGAUUCGGAUAUGACUAGCCCAACAAAAGAGUCUCCGGCGAAAGCCUCGCCGCAGUCGUCUAUCCUGCACGCCCGGGAUCCUCGCAAAGUUGGUAAUGCCGAUGAUAAGGGGUCUACUGGCCUUAAGCGGUCCAAGGCCAAGAGGAUUUCACGUUAUGGAGAAAACUCACCAGCAAGCCCAAGCACACCGAAAGAGCCUCGCGCAGGACAAGAAGAUCCUCCGUCAACCCCUACUCGAGAGCAUGGUGAUCUGAAACGCACCGACAAGGCUCCAGAGACACCCCGUGAGAAGGUUCCCAAAGCGCAGGUCCCUCCCGUAACCCCGGCGAACGAGCUCUCCGAUCAAGACUCUCCUCGAGUUUCCUCUGUUCCCUCGAUGAAUCUCCCUCUUAUCCCGAAGCUCCGACAGAACAGCAGCCAGACUUAUCUUCCCCAAUCACUACCCUCCGAGUCUGAUGAAGAGGAGGAUUACCCUCCCGUCGAUACUUCUACCUUAUCCAGCCCAUCGCGGGCCAAGACUCAUUCCCGUUCGAACUCGAACUCGGACUCUGACCAGUGCAAUGACGAUGAACCGCCUCCACCUCCCUCGCAUUCCCGUUCGCCAAGUUCCAUCGGAUCAAGUCUCCCGAACACCCCCGUCCUCAGCCCCAGUACAAUCCACGGCAGGCGCCGGGGAUCCUCACCCCUCAAACACGAAUAUGAGCCAUCCACGGCGUCCGACUCGUAUUCCGACUCGGAUACAUCGACUGUUCGGCGAUAUGAUAUGUACUCGGACUCGGACUAUUCCGGAUCGGAUACUUCAGAUGACUCUGACGAUGAUAUGGCAUCAUCCCCAACACGGACAAUUGAAGACUCUAAAUCGACUGUGCAGGGCUCGGUCGUCACGUCUGCCUCCAGCUCCAUCUCUCCUUCGAACCCCAUCUCUCAGGGCGGGUAUAGAUCUGUCCCUCCGCAGCCCAGCAAGUCCUCCAGCACGCUUGCAUCGGUAUAUGCCUGGUCGGACAAAGGAUCAUGGGAGAGUCUGCUAUCAGACGACUGUAAAAUCCUUGUCAGUCCUGGAUUGAUCGAGGCAUAUGAAUUGAGCGCCGCGCCCCCAGAGGACUACGACGGCACACCCUCCAAGCAAUGGCGCCCAAUAAUCGCCCUCGAGCUGACGCCGCUGGUACCCAUCCGCCGUGGCACGGCAAUCGACAUCAGCAUCCGGUCCCCUCCCACCCCACGCUCCAAAAUCAACUGGAGCAACAACAUCAUGUUCCGCUCCCGGAACGCCGACGAAUGCGAAGUCCUAUACGGCCUCAUCAACCACGCGCGCAUCAACAACCCAACCUACAUCGCCCUGCAAAACGCCCGCGGACCCUUCGCCGACCAGCCCGUCCCAAUGGAACGCCCAAACAAAACAGGCGGACUCUUCGGCUGGCCCCGCCGACGCCGCAGCUACCGAGCAUCGACCUCCCCACGGUCCCUCGCCGACAACUCCGACAGCAGCGUCGGAACAAUGAGCAGCGCGUUCUCGGCGCUCAAGCGCUUCGGCGCCGGCAGCAAAAUGUUCAGCAUCGCCCGAUCAAGCAUAACCUCCCGAAGCGGGCAGCGCGAAGACAGCCUAUACUCAAGCUCCGCCGGCUCGGGCUCAGACCCACACUCCGGCAUCGGCCGCAUCGCCGCAGCCAUCAAGGGCGUAGACGGCAUCGGCCUGUCCAACGCCAAGAUCCGCCUAUACAUGCGCGAGUCGCAGUCCAAGUGGCGCGACAUGGGCGCCGCCCGAUUGACCAUCAUGCCGGCUACCCCAGCACCCCCGCGCCGACCCGACACAGCAGCAAGCCGACACAGCGACGGCGCCGCCACAGCGACAACAGGCCCCGACGAGAGCGGCGACAGCCCCCCAGCCUCAGGAGCAAUGUCCCCCCAGCGCGGCAUCGAGCUCGAAAAACGCAUCCUUAUCCGGGGCAAGACACGCAACGAAGUCCUCCUAGACGCAUGUCUAGGCGAGAGCUCCUUCGAGCGCGUGGCCCGCACAGGCAUCGCGGUGUCGAUGCGGGCGGAGAACGAAAACGGCGCGAUGCCGAAGAAGGGGGGCGUCACGAGCGGCGUUACUAAGAUAUAUAUGAUUCAGAUGAAGAGUGAGGCGGAGGCGGCUUAUACUUUUGGGUUGGUGGGGAAGUUGAGGUAUUAACUUCUGCUUUUGUGGUUGCAUUUUGAUGGUUGGAGUUGCUUUUUUCCCACAUUUGUUCUUUCAUUUCCAUUUUCUUUUUACUUGUUGAGAAUUUCUGAAAGAUGUUCUGUUCAUUUGUUCUGCAUACUCAUACCCAAGCCAGUUAUUUUGAUAUUCGUG